AUCAUACGUUCCUUCCUUCAUUUUCUUUUGUUUGCACUGAGAGAGUAGUUCACAGAUCGACGUCAUCUUAUCUCGAAUCCAAAGUUUACCAGAUCGCACGUAUGUAUGCGAUUUUUUUUCACCCUAUGUAUUUUGGAUAACGUCUAAUUCAGUGUGAUGACCUCCAAGAUCUCGGGAUGGUUUGUGCUAUCAGCUGUAUUCAUAGUGGCCGUAUUCGGCCUCUUCUUUACCUUCACAGAGCGAAAGACCUGGCCCGAACACAGAAUUGAACUCUCAGCCACUGACCAGAGAUUGAUACCACCAGCAUCUACUGUGUGGUGCGAAGCGAUUGCUCUCACCUCCGAUCAUCCUUUUGUAGCUUACCAGGUAAGCCAGUCUCCCCAUGUCAACGCCAACCAUCUUAAUAAACAGAAAGUGAGCGUCUCUUUGAAGUUGGGAGGAGGCAGAAGUCGAAACUCCUUCAAACUCAAAUAUUUUCUCCUCACAUCUUCAGUUCUUGAAAUCUACUCUUGUGCAUCACAAGAAGGAGCAAGACUACUGGUCUUUAAAGGUGAACACGGUGUUCAAGAAUAUUUGCAAAAGCUCUCAGAACAGCAGAAUUCCGAUGAUAGUUCGAUGGAAGAAGCAAGCUCAGAAGAGAUUCAAAUAUCGAAUCUAGACUGUUCAAAGAAUGAAUAUUUCUCAGCAUGUAGAAACAUGAAGAGGCAAAAAGAUUCUUCAUUGGUCAGUGAUUAUGCUGUGGCAGUGAGCGGUGAAGAAACAAUGUGUGAUGUGGUAUCUCAGAGACCAGUGAAAGUAAACAUCACCGCCGAUGGGUUCUACGUGAUUGUGGCCCUCAAUACCAAUAAAGAGAAGACCAAUCACUUCGGUCUUCAAUUGCUCAUCGACAGAUCCCGCUACACAAUCAUGAAGUCCGGACACUCCUUCGACAUGUGCAGCCUCUCAACGUCUUGCACCAUUGGUCUUUCUUUUGCAUCUGAUGACGGCGCACUGGUUUGGAUACCUGAAGAACCGAAUGCUGGUCGAUCUUCCUUCACCAUCCGAUCAAGGUGCAAGCCUAGGUUGGCAGUUUUUGCCAUUCUCUCUGUCUUCCUGCCCCUCAUGUUCUUCGUGCUGGUCGCCUUCUUUGUGAGGGCAGACAGAGAGAGGAUAAGGCGCAUUUACUCCAGGCAGUCGUCGUCGACCCUUCCGGCAGUGGCAGCUCCACUCCUUACCAUGCCUUUCAGAACAUCCUCCACCAGAACAGAACCUGAAGCGACGACGACGGCAUCUGAAGAACUCCCUCCCCCCUACCAUGCUGUCUUUGAUCCCCCUCCCCCCUACAGCUGCCUCAAGCCUGAAGACAACAAGUGAUUGAAAGACAUGCCUUGUGAAACAACUAGUCAACUUUUUACUCAGCAUUUCCUCUCAGUGUAAAUAUUUCAUUCUCGAAAAAAUAAAAACAUUAAAAGAUCUUUUUAA